AUGAAUACUGAAACAGUUUAUAGCUUAAGAGUAUUAGAGCUUGAGUGAACGUCCUUUUCUUGUCAUUAUCUUCGUCCUUUUAUAGGAUAUUCUCAACGGUCUAAUCGGUUGAGAAAAUCCCACAAAGAUAGGAGUAUCUUUGUCACACGUCUCUUCAGUCUUCAACUGCUUCCGCGCUUCUCGCGUGUGUCUUGGACUCGUUCUUGCUAGCUUGACGGCGCUGCCUAUCAUGGGCUUUAGGUCAACUUAUCUUCAUCAACCCGUUUCUCGAGGACGUGUCUCAGUUGCCUGUACUUUGUCGCCUGUCCUUCGUCGGUUAUACCUCGUCGUACGAUGCUACGUCGGACGUAUCUCCCUGGAGCUGUGUUUACCUGCGACACGACAGGACCUGGCUGACACGACAUGAUCAAACGUUAGAACGGUUAUGUCGUUAGUCCAAAAAGUGGGAUAACAGUUUGCCCCCAAUUGUGAAUUUGCGGAGUCACACAGAGCAAAAGAAACAAUUCAAAUUAAAAAACCGUCUCCAACUGCCUAGUUCGUGGGAUAAAACCGUUCAAAAUUCUAGAGUAAUAAAUACCAAUUCACGACAUGCAAUAAAGUUCUUCACACCAAGUUUUUCAAAAAAUUUCUAGAUCCGAAAGCAGGAGAGAGAAGAGGGAGAAAGCGAAGUCGAUUUUCGCACUGAGUUUGUUCGAUUUCAGGUAAAAUUUGCUUUCUUUUUCGAUUUCCUUGUAGAUUUUUGUAAGUGAGAUGGGUAGAUCUAAGUCGGUUGUAGCGAGAGGAAAGGGGGAGUCGGGUUCCACUCGGGUUAAGUCCCUUAACCCGAUAUAUUCUACUGUGGUGGAUCCGGCGGCUUUUGUUGAACUUGCUGGUUUGCCGCCGUCGGCGGAAGUGAAGAUUCCCGGCUCGGAUGAGGAAGCCUUUGACUGUCCAGAGGGGUAUGUGGUUAUGUAUGAGUAUCCGUUCACAAUUGGCUUCAAAUUUCCUUUCACUCCUCUAGUUAGGUCCUUUAUCGAGGUUUUCCAUUUGAGCCCGGGUCAGUUGAUGCCCCAGAUAUGGCGGGUUUUCACGGUGGUGCACGGAGUUACUGCGAACUGGCGUACGCCGUUUGACCUGUCUGAUUUGAUGUACACUUACGACCUAGCACUGCAGAAGUGUUGUAGGUAUACCUUGGUUACGAAGAAGGGGAAGACGAACUUAGGUGUUGGUUUAGGUGUGAACGACAGGGGUUGGCAGAGUCGUUUUGUCUUUGUAGGCAAAGAUUCUCUGGGAGAUAAAGGGCGGUUUCUGGUCGAGGGAUGGACGAUGGAAGGUAAAUGUGUCGUUUUAUCUUUGUUUCUCGUCGUUUUACUGAACGUCGCCUUACUUGGUUUUGUUUUGCAGUUGUCAAGGCGUCGUCGUUGACUGAGUUGAACGCUGAUUCUGAGGAUAAGUAUCGGAAGUUCUUGGGUUAUUCUGUCGAGGAUAGGUCUUUCAGUCGCGACGGAGAGUUUUUAGACGAGCAGGAGGUGGACCGGUCAGGCGACGUCGCCGAGGAGGAGGAAAUAGACGAGGAAUCAGGUCAACUGACUCGUCGUCGGAAAAGGUUGGAUUUGCUUGAGGAGGUAGUGGCAAACUCAUCGUCCGCCGAAGGUGAAGUAGGUGAUAUGGCUGACAACUCAGAGCAUACUCUUUCGUCUCGGCCUGUGUCGAGGAUGUCUCAGAGCGAGAUUCAGGAGCGUGCAAGGAAGCGACUGAGGUCGUCCUCGACUUCUGGUGGACGAGGUAUGACGGUCGUACCUCGGUUUUCUGCGAUAGGUUCGUCGGCCGAGACGCCUGUCGUCAUAGGAGCCGAAGGCUUUCAUCCGAUUGCUUCGUCGUCGCCUCCACAGCCGUUCAAGGCGUCGUCUGCUGCUGUCGACGUUAGUAAAGUGUCUACUUCGUCGGCCAAGAAGCGUCCUGUCGAGACGGAUCCUGUCGAGGAUACGGUUAUCACUUUGCCCCCAAGCUUCUUGGGUGAUGAAGAGGCGUCGGUUAUAUGGCCUUUCGCUGAUCGCUUGAUCUUGCCUACGACGUAUCGACGAUAUCACGAGGUGGAUCCUCUUCUUGCCGCGUCGGACGCCGCUGAGCUUAGUCUGCGGGCGUCGCAGGCUGCCUUGGCUGUACGUAGGCAGUGUUCGUUGCUGUGCGACGAGGUGACGAAUGCAAGGCAGCUGACAGCGACGGCGAAGAAGGCGGCCGCGUCGUGGGAAGCGAAGUGGAAAGCUGCUGAGAAGAAGGUCGUGGAUCUUGCUGCGGUGGUUAAGGCCAAGGGUGAUCAAUUGAAAGGUAAGGAUAAGCAGUUAGCCGACGUGGCUAAGGAUCUGGAGAAAGUGAAGGAGGAGUUGACCUCGACGACGGAGGAGUUGGAUGGAUUGAGGAGCUUGUACGACGCCCUGCAGGAGGAGGCGAAGGACGUCGAGGCUCUCGCUAUAUGGAGGACGCGGGCGCAGAUGAUGUACCUGCCUGAUUGGGGAGACUAG